AUGUUUUAUCACAACAAGAGUCUUUUCCACCCAGCCACAUUUUUCCUCAUUGGAAUCCCAGGUCUGGAAGAGGUCCAUGCCUGGAUCUCCCUGCCUUUCUGCUCUGUUUACCUUGUGGCUUUAGUGGGCAACGCUACGAUUCUACUAGUCAUCAAGGCCAAGCAGACCCUCUGGGAGCCCAUGUUCUACUUUCUGGCCAUCCUCUCCACAAUUGAUUUGGCCCUUUCUACAACCUCUGUGCCCCGAAUGUUGGGUAUCUUCUGGUUUGAUGCACACGAGAUUAACUUUGGAGCAUGUGUGGCCCAGAUGUUUUUGAUUCAUGGCUUCACUGGCAUGGAGGCUGAGGUCCUGAUGGCCAUGGCUUUUGACCGUUAUUUGGCCAUCUGUGCUCCACUCCACUACACCUCCAUCUUAACAUCCCGGGUGCUGGUGGGCAUGGCUUUAUGCAUUGUAAUUCGUCCACUACUACUCACACUUCCCAUGAUCUGUCUCAUCUACCGCCUACCCUUUUGUCAGGCUCGAAUAAUAGCCCAUUCCUACUGUGAGCACAUGGGCAUUGCGAAGUUGUCCUGUGGAAAUAUCCGUACCAAUGCUAUCUACGGGCUCUUUGUAGUCUCUCUCUUUCUUAUGAAUCUGGUUCUCAUUGGCAUUUCCUACGUGUUCAUUCUCCGUGCUGUCUUCCGCCUCCCCUCACAGGACGCGCGGCUAAAAGCCCUCAGCACCUGCGGCUCCCAUGUUGCAGUCCUCUGCGUUUUCUAUAUUCCCUCAGUCUUCUCUUUUCUCACUCAUCGAUUUGGACACAAUAUACCCCGCUCUAUCCAUAUUCUUGUUGCCAACCUCUAUUUGGUUAUCCCACCCUCACUUAACCCCAUCAUUUAUGGUGUGAGGACCAAAGAGAUACGAGAGAGAGUGCUUCGUGUCUUUAUUCUAAAAUAG